GAAUUACUCAGCUGCACUGAAGCCCUGAUGCCUGUGGUAGACAGUGGUGGAGCAGAAAAGCUGUAUUUGCUCCUGCACUCCUCUGCAAAGAGCUUGGAUCUGUUUAACUGCGGGUUUUGGGGUUGUUUUUUUGUCCUCAAGGAGAGGAACCAAGAGAGCUCAAACAAAACCCAAAAAUGCAAGACAGUUUUACAGAAGCCAUGACCAGCUCAAAUGCAAGUACAGACUGGCUGGAUUUUACCCUUGUAACUUGCACAGAAACAGUGACUUUCACUGAAGUGGUGGAGGAAGAGGAAUGGGGAUCCUUUUACUAUUCCUUUAAGACAGAGCAGCUGGUUACUCUUUGGAUUCUCUUUAUUGUCACAAUUGCUGGAAACUCCAUUGUGCUGUUUUCUACCUGGAAGAGGAAGAGAAAAUCCAGGAUGACCUUCUUUGUCACACAGUUAGCAAUCACAGAUUCUUUCACAGGACUGAUAAACAUAAUGACUGAUAUUAUCUGGCGCUUCACUGGUGAUUUCAUGGCCCCUGAUUUUGUUUGCCGAGUCAUUCGCUAUUUGCAGGUUGUCCUUCUCUAUGCUUCUACGUAUGUCCUGGUAUCACUUAGCAUAGACCGAUACCAUGCCAUAGUUUAUCCAAUGAAGUUCUUGCAAGGAGAAAGGCAGGCAAAAAUUCUUAUUGUGGUGGCCUGGAGCCUCUCUUUCCUGUUUUCGAUUCCGACUCUGAUUAUAUUUGGGAAGCGGCAACUAUCUAACGGAGAAGUGCAGUGCUGGGCCCUUUGGCCAGAUGACUCCUAUUGGAUACCUUACAUGACAGUGGUUGCUUUUCUGGUAUAUUUCAUUCCUUUGAUUAUCAUCAGCGUCAUUUACUCCAUCGUGAUUCGAACCAUAUGGAUGAAGAGUAAAGCUCAAACUGUGGUCAUGUCCAGCUGCACUGAUGGUAAAUUCUGCACUAGUUUUACUAAUCGAGGCCUCAUAUCCAAAGCUAAAGUUAAAGCUGUCAAGUACAGCAUCGUAAUUAUUCUUGCAUUUGUACUCUGCUGGAGUCCUUACUUUCUCUUUGAUAUUCUGGACAACUUUAAUGUACUUCCCAAGACCAAAGAACGCUUCUAUGCAUCCGUGAUAAUUCAGAAUCUCCCAUCUUUAAACAGUGCCAUCAAUCCCCUCAUAUACUGUGUCUUCAGCAAUCAUCCCUGCUGCCCUUUUAGGGAAAGAAGAGCAAGAAACUUAGGGGGAACUUUCAGAGACAGAACUGACAGGCAGGAGAUGCAGGUUCUGUCCAACCCUGAAUACAUCUAGUGCAUGUGUAUCAAAGUCACACAAAUAGUGCCUGGGGAAAGCAAAUACUCAUUCAUGUUCAGCAGCAUAUGUCUUUUGCAAUAGCACUGCAGAUUCAUUCAUGGUAAACCCUACAGCCGGGGUCAGCAACCCUGGCAUGCAUGCCAUGGAGACAUUUUUCCCAGCAUGCCGGGAGGC